CCGUACACGUGAUCAGUCCAUAUUUGCAUAUCGUGAAAUCCCGAAACGAAAGGGACUGUGGGAUGUCAACAUGGCUGCCUCCAGUAGAAAUUUGUUGUCCUGGGGGGCAAAUAGCUUUGGGCAGUUGGCAUUGGGUCAUAACAGGGACUGCCUCAUUCCAGAAGUCAUUGUGCAUCCCCCAGAGGGUGUAACAGCAGUCGCUGGAGGAGCAGGACACACUGCCUUAUUGACGAAUAAAGGUAAAGUCUUCAUGUGUGGCAGUAACUUCAAAGGCCAGCUUGGUUUAGGCCACACGCAAAAUAUGUACAGACUCGUUGAGGUGCCAGAGGUUCCGUUUGUUACUAAGAUAGCGUGUGGCUGGGAUCACACUCUAGCAAUAACAGAUGCAGGAAGUUUGUACUCCUGGGGCUCCAAUAUGUUUGGUCAACUUGCCCACACGACAAAUUGUCCUGCCAGAAUAGGUGAAUUUCCCCCAGGUUAUAAGAUUACAGAUAUUGCCGCUGGUCUCAGGCAUUCACUGGCCGUAACGGAAAAUGGCCAGGUCUGGUCGUGGGGGAGUGGAUCCAAAGGUCAACUUGGAAGGCUCGAGACCCAGACAGGAGGUCAAGGGUCAGUGGGUCAGACGCCAGAGAGGUCAAAUAAACCUGAAAGAGUGGACUUUGGUGAAGAAGAGGUGAAGAUUGUGCAAGCUGCCGCUGGGGCAAACCACAGCGUCGCAUUAUCAGAUGAAGGACUUUUAUAUGUCUGGGGAGAAAACAAACGUGGGCAGCUCGGAGUGGAGCCUUCUGGCGAGACUGGAGGCAAGAAGGACAUCAUACCCAAGCCUAAGUGUUUAAGUAGGGAGCUGUUUGGUGGUAGAUCGGUCUCAAGGAUUCACUCCGGAUGGACGCAUAUGGUAGCAAUCUUAGAUGACCGUACCGUGGUCUCAUGGGGGCGUAAUGAUUACGGCCAGCUCGGACGGCUAACCGAGUCCGAGGGAAGUGAUGAAGCUGAAGAGGAGGAAGUAGACGCUAGCGGGGACAGUGCAGCGCGGAGUACCAGCAAGAAUAGCUGUGUCCCGGAGGAAGUGCCGCUACUCAAGAAUUGCACUCAGGUCGCAUGUGGAGCGGAGCACAACUUGGCAAUUACAGAGGACCAGGUUCUUCUUGCGUGGGGAUGGAACGAGCACGGCAUGUGUGGUGACGGGCGGGUCAUUGACCUCCGCAUCCCCAAGAAAGUCGACACCCGCCUCGGCGGGAAGCCAGUACUAAUAGGCUGUGGGGCUGGCCACUGCCUCGCCCUGUGCCAAGGAUGUGAGUAAAGAGACUGGCACCAGACUGAAUCUCUACUAUUCCUAGGUGGGAAUAGGUCAUUGAUGCUACAAUUGCUGGCCGCGGUUCUGUGAGUACUGCAUGGUGACAUUUUUUUAUUCCUACUACUGCUUGUACUACUAACAAACGUUACCCAAUUGAACAUGGCUCUACUUGGUAGCCAUGUUUUUUUUCCUUCUAAACCGUUUAAAGACAGUUGCAGCUGCAACGUUUAACACCAUUUUACCCCCAAUGACUUAAAUAAAAUAAUAUAAUACUUGUAAAGCGCAACAUAGUAUCAACCUAACAAGGGUAAGAACACGCUUGUCACGACUGGGACUCGAAUUCACACUCUGCUGAUAAUAAUAGUAUCAAAGUCUUAUAUAGUGCACAU